AUGUACGUCGAUACUAGGCUGCAGUCGGAGGAGAAAUACACGUACUCCAUCACGGAUGAACCCAACCUGGACCAGUAUCAGGUGAUGCUUGAUUCAGGACAAGAGGACAGCAGGAGCAUCAGAGUGCCGAAGACAGGGCAGGCAACCCUACGUGGCCUGCAGCCUUACACUGAGUACAACAUGCGUAUACGAGCGUGUCUGCGGGGAGUAGUUAACAGCUGCGGCGUGGGACCUGGAGUGGUUGUGAGAACGCUGGAAGACGUGCCGGAGGGAAUGCAAGCUCCCGUCGUUGUCGCCAAGGGUCCAAACACCGUCGACGUAGCCUGGAAAGAACCGAUCAGUCCUAAUGGAGCGAUCAGGGAGUAUCGUGUCGUGCGACGGCGCUAUGAGCAGACGGCCGAGCUACUCGUCAACAUCGUCCCCGGCAACCUGCGCGACCUCUCUUUCGUCAACUCCGGCCCCGACCUUGAACCCUACUACGAGUACGAGUAUCGCAUCAUCGCCAUCAACUCCAAGGGACAGACGAGCAGCCCCUGGGUGCUCGUGCGCAUGCUCGCGGCGCCCCCUACCUCUCAGAGCGCGCCGCGGCUCUACGCUCUCAGCGCGUACUCGAUCCGCGCGUCGUGGCGACCGCCGAAGAAAACAAACGGCGUCAUCGAGCGUUACCGCGUCGACUACCAGGCGCGCUGGGACGACCCGACGCGGUUCCCCAGCCCCACCGAGCAGGUGUCGGUCGAUGCCAGAACCCACAGCGCGCAAUUCUCGGGGCUGAUGCCGUUCGUGACGUACGCGGUGCGCAUCGUGGCGAUAAACCAUGCGGGAGCAACGCCGAGCGAGUGGGUGGAGACUCGCACGCUGCAGGCAGCGCCGGCGGACGUCAGGGGAUUCCGCGUGGAGCCCGUCGACACGGGAGAGGCAGCCAUCUUGCGAUGGGCGCUGCCGGGCCGGCCGAACGGGGUCGUGACAGAGUACCGGAUCUACGAUCGCGAGAUCGCGACGCCGAUCUACCAGGGAUCGAGUCAGCUGUUCGAGUACAGACGCUUACAGCCGCACAUGUUCUACGACGUGCAGCUCGAGGCUUGCACCGCCGUCGGGUGUGGGAAGGGUCAAUAUCAGAGAAUACAGACGGCAGAGACGAUGCCCUCUGACCCCAUCCCACCGGUGUUUGGCUUCAUCAACUCUACAGCAGCAGAAGUGAGGUGGAGAGUCCCGGUUAAACCUAACGGAGUUAUAACCAAAUACGAGGUGUACAGACGGUCGAUGGUUGACGACAGAGAGAAGAGAAAUGUUGACUCCAUUCCCAACGCCGUGCUCGUCUAUUACACGAAGGACACGCUAGGGGUCAACGAAUUCUCCUUCGUUGACACCAACCUGAAGGCAUAUACGAGGUACCAGUACAUGGUGCGUGCGAUCAACAGUAAGGGGUUCGUGGACAGUGACUGGGUGGAGAUUCGCACGGAGCAGGCUGCAUCGGAGGGACUCGACCCGCCUAUCGCUCAGUACCUUGGCACUGACCCGUUCUCGCUGCGCGUCAGCUGGGGCGCCCCGCGUAAACCCAGCGGAGUUAUACUCAGCUACCAGCUACAGAGAAACAGCAGCACUCCACUGAGCUUCCUGCCGACAGACGACAUGGCGUACACUGACAUCGGGUUGAAGGCCUACACGUGGUACAGCUACACUGUGACUGUGUGCACCGCCGGCGGAUGCUCCACUAGCGCCCCCACGCUGAUGCGAACGCUGGAGACCGCGCCCUUACACGUGGUGCCCCCUACGAUCACUCCUGUCAACUCGACAACCCUGCGCAUCACGUGGACUCAACCACAGAUCGCGAAUGGAGAGAUCACGAGGUACGAGCUACUGGUGGACGGUGUCUCCACCUACGUCGGCCGCGACACGCACACGCUCAUGCGGAGCCUCAUCCCCGACCACCAAUACGAGUUCGUCCUCCUCGCAUGCACAAACGGAGGAUGCUCGGAGAGCCUCCCCGCUCAGGGACGCCCCGCGGAGGCGGCGCCGCGCGGAAUAGCGCCCCCUAUGUUGAUCGUGAUGGGUUCGUCGUCGGUGCAAGUGUCGUGGACGCCGCCGUCGCUUCCCAAUGGGAAUAUCGGCUGGUACGAGCUGCGGCGGAACGGGGAGUUGGUCUACACGGGUCUCGCGCUCUCCUACCAGGACUUUGGUCUGACGCCGGGCACGAGGAACGCAUACAGCGUGACGGCGUACAACACGAUGGGGAGCGUGCAAAGCCCCGAGGCGACGACGACGACCUACGCGUCGUCCCCCGCCGGACUCCAACCCCCGCGCCUCUUCCCGCUCGGUCCGAGCUCCGUGCGCGUCGAGUGGAGCCCGCCGGCGAUGCCCAACGGCGCCAUCUAUAACUACACGCUGCUCGUCGGCUCCGACGUCGUGUUCGCUGGGAUGGGGUACAGCUUCGUCGUGCAGGGUCUGGAGUCGUACACGCAGCACGACUACCGCGUGCAGGCGUGCACCCCGCUCGGAUGCACCGUCAGCCAGCCCGCGAAGACGCGGACGAUGGAGGCGCCCCCUGCCGGGCAGAGUCCGCCGAUCCUCCAGCCGCAGGCCAAUCAGGACGGGUCGCACGACGGCGUGCUGGUCACGUGGGACGAGCCGAGGAGAGCGAACGGGGAGGUGCAGUAUUACGAGCUGAGUAGACGACGCGUUGAGAGGCAGCCGGCGGAGGUGAAGUAUUCAUCGACGCAUCUCAUCUACAACGGGACGAUGAUGACGUACCUGGACAAGGACCCGUUGUUACGACCUUACUCCGAAUACGAGUACAGGGUGACGGCGGUGAACAGGGCCGGCAGCGUGGCGAGCAUCUGGGACAUGGUUCGCACGUACGAGGCUGCGCCGACGCGCGUCAGCCCUCCCACCUUCUCACAGGUCACCGCCAACCUCAUCACCGUGGAGGUGGCGCCACCGCAGCAACCCAACGGCGACAUCACGAGCUACUACCUAACGAUCAACGGAACGCAGGAGCCAGCGAGCAGGGCGCCGAUUAGGACGGUUGGACACGGAUCGCCGCUGCACCCUCACACCAUCUACGUCAUCACGGCAACCGUCUGCACGGCCGGCGGAUGCUCCACGAGCCCGCCCGCCCACGUGCGCACGGCCGAGGCCCCGCCCACUGGCCUGUUGCAACCAAUCGUGGCAGAGGUCACGCCGACGAGCGCGAUCAUGACCUGGGGGUCGCCGGCGCAGCCGAAUGGGGUCAUCACGAGGUAUGAGCUGAAGUAUCGGACGGACUGCCCCGUCUCCUCGCAGCCCCAGCAGCUACCCUGCAGCCUCGGCGACGUUGUGACUGCUUACAGCGGGGAGCAGAUGAGGCUCAACGUGACAGGGUUGGCACCGUACACCAACUACCUGGUGCAGGUGCACGCUUACAAUGGUGCCGGCUCGAUGAACAGCUCUGCCAUCUCCUUGACAACGAGACACAUAGGGCCAGAGUAUGUGGCUAAACCCACUGUGGUGGCAAAAGAUAGAGCCCUUGUGGUGGACUGGAGCAAGUCAUUCCUAUUAAACGGUAGACUGGACAAGUACAUUCUCUACACUAAUGGCUACCGAACCUAUUCAGGCUUUAGUGAACAGACGACAGUCGUAAGAGAAAACUACAGUAAAGUCACGAGCGACGUGUCACACGGCGCCGGCGACGGCGGCGGCGGGGUCAGGACGACGGCGACCCCGAAACUCGUGGUGGCCUCACCGUUCUACAAGGAGAUCUGGUUCAUCAUCAUCAUCGCUCUCAUCGGCAUGCUCAUCGUGUUUGUCGUGCUCGCCUGCUGCCUGAAGAACACGGGACGCAAGGCUCCCUACAUGCGGGAGCGCGUGCCGCUGCCGCCCAAGCCGCUGCGCCAGGCCAAGCUGUGGCAGGAUGCGUACCCCUGCUACGACAGCGCCCUCGCUUACACGAUGGAUAGUGAUGCCUACAGCACAGUAAGAAGUCUCAGGAGUCAUCCGUACAGUAUUACCCACAAGCAACACCAGAUCUUUCCCGACACGCACCUAUGA